CCACUUAAAAGCGAGAGUUGGCUUGGAGUGGAAGGAUUCCGUAUAUUGUAAAUAACGGCGCUUUAUUCCGAGGUUGUAAAAUCAAACGAGGAACGAUAGAGUAUUGCAGAAAGCCAAACAGCGCAGAAAGCAGUGAACUGGCCGAUAGAGUGAUGAGAGAGGGCGACUAGUAGCAACAGACAAAAUGUAUGGCUUUGUGAACUACGCCUUGGAGUUGUUGGUAGUCCGGAACUUUGGAGAUGAAGCCUGGGAAAACAUCAAGAAAGAGGCAGGCUUGGAAAUGGAGGGUCAUUUUCUGGUACGACAGGUGUAUGAAGAUGUGGAAACAUACGAUCUUGUUGGUGCUGCCUCCAAAGUCCUUAAUUUACCAGCAGCUGAUAUUCUACAAUUCUUCGGAAAAAUGUUUUUUGAGUUUUGUCAAGAAUCUGGAUAUGACAAGAUUCUACAAGUUUUAGGAGGUACAACAAGAGACUUUUUACAAAACCUAGACGCCUUGCACGACCAUCUUGCCACCAUAUAUCCGGGCAUGCGUGCACCAUCUUUCCGGUGCACGGAAAGGAAGGAGGAUGGAGCUUUAAUUCUUCACUAUUACUCAGAACGGGACGGACUAGAACCAAUAGUGAUAGGUAUCGUCAAGGAAGUCGCCCAUAAACUCCACGAGUCUGAGGUCGAUGUGGAGGUAAUAAACUACAAAUCAAAAAACUGUGAUCACGUGCAGUUUGCCAUAACUCACAAAGACAAACAAACAGACGUGACAGAUCCCGUUCUUACUCGUCAACAUGAUAUGUUCAGUAAAAAGAAGAAGAUCAGUCCUUCAACAUUUUGUCGGGCGUUUCCAUUUCAUUUCAUGUAUGAUCGUAAUAUGGUUCUCCGUCAAGCUGGCUCCUCGCUACAGAGAGUUAUUCCUCAGACGGGUUCGGAUGACUGUCGUGUCGAUUCAGUUUUUGAAAUGGUUCGUCCACAUAUGGAUUUUGAAUUUAACCAUGUUCUUUCGCAUAUUAACACUGUAUAUGUGUUGCGAACAAAGCCGGGGAUACUGGACUCCGAUGGACUUUACAUUCAAACAAAUAUCGCCGAGCAACAUGAUAUAUCGCGCAUGCGUUUAAAGGGACAAAUGAUAUAUGUUCCGGAAUCUGAUAUGAUGUUAUUUCUAUGUUCCCCAAGUGUUACGAACCUGGAUGAUUUACAUCGUAAGGGACUUUAUUUAAGUGAUAUCCCUCUUCACGACGCCACCCGUGACCUUGUGCUGCUCUCCGAGCGGUUUGAGGCUGACUACAAGCUAGCACAGAAUCUAGAAGUACUUAAUGACCAACUGCAGCAGACCUACCGCGAACUAGAGGAUGAAAAAGCUAAAACAGACAGAUUGAUGUACUCUAUACUGCCUAUAUCUGUGGCUAACGAGCUACGUCAUCAUCGCCCAGUGCCUGCUUCCAAACAUGAAGGGGUCACCUUAUUGUUCAGUGGUAUUGUAGGAUUUAAUGAGUUCUGUGCACAACACUCGGACGCUGAAGGGGCUAUCAUGAUCAUUAACUACCUGAAUGAAAUUUAUGUCAAGUUUGAUGACCUUCUAAAAACCAAUAUUGACGUUUACAAGGUGGAAACUGUUGGAGACAAAUACAUGGCGGUCAGCGGACUUCCGGAACCCUGCACCGAUCACGCGAGAAGCAUUGCGAGACUUUCAUUGGACAUGAUGGAUAUAUCUAAUCAUUUGAAAGAUCCAUAUGGGAACAAAGUUGAGAUUACCAUUGGCAUCCACUCUGGUGAAGUCGUUACGGGAGUUAUUGGAAAGCGCAUGCCCAGAUACUGUCUCUUCGGAAACACUGUGAAUCUAACAAGUCGUACAGAAACUACGGGAGUGAAGGGCAAGAUUAAUGUAUCAGAAUUUGCCUACAGAUUCCUCACCUCUCCAGAAAAUUUUGAUCCUGAAUUCGAAUUUGAGCACAGAGGGUUUGUGAAAAUGAAAGGAAAACCCGAACCAAUGGAGUGCUACUUUUUGACACGAAAAGUUGUGAAAAAAUAAGUUUCUGAAAAAAAUUCAGUCUAUUUAUAACUGUGAUGAAGAUGGGGCGUGUAGAUGCCUAGCGUACAGCAUUUCAAAGAGAUGAAUAACCUUUCUGUGAUCAAUAUUUAUAGAUGCUUGUAUCAUUGUGAAUUUUUAGGUUUAUUUAAUUAUUUCUAGUCAUUCGUGUUACUUUCUUGAUCUUUUCGA